CACAAUCAGACAACCAGGCCAAAAUCUCCCGGACACGAACAGUUAUUGCAAUGUUUGCUAGACUUCCAAUGAUGGUUCUGUUUUGCUCUUAUUGUCUUGGUUUGGCUGAAGAUGAUGAAUAUUGAGUUCGCUCCUUGUUGAUGUUUGUAUGUGCACUAAGGCUGGUCAUUUGAAGUUUUUGGGAAGUUAUAAGCAGCAAAGUUGAAUUGCCAAUGCAUUCUAAGGGAUCUGGGCCGGGGGAUGGACCUGUUUCUGGGCCAGUGCGGACAAGCGAUAGGCUCAGGAGAAGGCCAAAGAUGUAUGGUCGCCACUUGUAUUAUUCUCCAAACAUUUUGCGCCCUAAGAGAAGCAAGACUAAGACGAGAACAGCAGCUUCUCAGAUUGCCAAGAUGUUGCGCCCUGGUAAUCAGUCGAUGCGGACCACAAAAAAUAAUUCAGUGGCAACCAACCUUCGUCGUUCUACAAGGAAGAGGAGGAUUUCUGUUAAUCUGGAAGACUACACAGAUAGUUCUGGAACGGAGGACAAUGACCUAAUGAGACCUACAUAUCGAAGUUCCAGGAACCCGAUCAGUAGUAGAGCAAGUCAAGAUGGUUUCUCAUUCCGUAAGCGGAAAAAGUCCUUCGAAACUAGAUCAUUGCCUCGGCGGGAAGGAUUAAGACCUCGUCGUUCAAAAGCGCUUUCAAGAGGCCAGUUAAUUAUAGAAUCUAACGAUGAACAAGGCACUUCUGAGGAGAAGGUUGCUGAAGAUGAAACUGAAAAUGGGCAUGAUGGUGAAGAUGAUGAUGAUGAUGAUGAUGAUGAUGCAGAUGAUAGGGAGGAUCAAGAUGAGGGCGAUGGAGAAGAUGAGGGAGAGGGAGAGGGAGAUGGAGAAGACGAGGGAGAAGAAGAUGGUGAUGAUGAAGAGGGUGAAGAACUGGAAGGUAGGAGGCGAUACGAUCUUCGUAAUCGUACAGAUGUUCGUAGGUUUUCUAAUGAGGAGGGUAAGCAAAGACCUAGAUCUCCUCGAAGAGUCCUACAACAAGGAAUGGGGACGACCAAGGUUGGAAGGGAGGUGAGGAGGGGUGGAUCUCGAGUUCAUAAACGUCAUCGCUUGGCUAGAGCUGAAGAUUCUGAUGACUCCCUACUUGUGGAUGAGCUGGACCAAGGACCCCCUAUACCUUGGGGGAGAGGAGGGAGCAGAUCUGGCCCACCUUGGCUUUUCGGGGGACUAGAUAUGCAAGGGACAACUUCAUGGGGUUUGAAUGCGGCUGCAUCCGGUUGGGGUCAUCAGAGUGAUUCUUUGAUUAAUUUGACUUCUGGGGUCCAAACUGCGGGGCCAAGUUCCAAAGGAGGCGCCGAUAUUCAACCUUUACAGGUUGACGAGAGUGUGAGUUUUGAUGAGAUAGGUGGGCUUUCCGAAUAUAUUGAUGCGUUGAAAGAAAUGGUUUUCUUUCCUCUAUUGUACCCGGAUUUUUUUGCGAGUUACCAUAUUAGCCCUCCAAGAGGCGUCUUGUUAUGUGGUCCACCUGGUACCGGAAAAACACUAAUUGCAAGAGCAUUAGCUUGUGCUGCUUCUAAGGCUGGGCAGAAGGUCAGCUUUUACAUGCGAAAGGGUGCGGAUGUGCUUAGCAAAUGGGUUGGUGAGGCUGAAAGACAAUUGAAACUGCUGUUUGAAGAAGCGCAGAGGAAUCAACCAUCAAUUAUCUUCUUCGAUGAAAUUGAUGGACUCGCUCCCGUGAGGUCCAGCAAACAAGAGCAAAUUCACAACUCCAUUGUUUCAACUCUGCUUGCCUUGAUGGACGGUCUUGAUUCGCGUGGUCAAGUUGUUUUGAUUGGGGCAACCAACAGGGUUGAUGCCAUUGAUGGAGCCUUACGGCGCCCUGGUAGAUUCGAUCGCGAAUUCAAUUUUCCCUUGCCUGGUUGUGAGGCACGUGCUGAAAUAUUAGACAUUCAUACUAGGAAGUGGAAGCAGCCUCCUUCAAAGGAGCUGAAAUCGGAGCUUGCAGCUAGUUGUGUGGGAUAUUGUGGUGCUGAUUUAAAGGCUCUAUGCACUGAAGCUGCCAUUCGUGCGUUUCGUGAAAAAUAUCCUCAAGUUUACACUAGUGAUGACAAAUUUCUCAUUGAUGUUGAUUCUGUGAAGGUGGAAAAAUAUCAUUUUGUUGAAGCCAUGUCUACAAUCACUCCUGCUGCUCAUAGAGGCUCAAUUGUGCAUUCUAGGCCAUUGUCAUCAGUUGUUGCACCAUGUUUACAGCGACAUCUCAAGAAAUCCAUGGGGAUUAUAUCGGACAUUUUCCCUGUUCUGGAGCUUUCAUCAGAAUUGACAAAGCUUUCUAUGCUCUCGUAUGGUUCUUCUGUUCCACUUGUGUAUAGGCCUCGACUUUUGCUAUGUGGCUGUGAAGGUGGUGGCUUGGAUCAUCUGGGGCCAGCAAUUUUGCAUGAACUUGAGAAAUUUCCCGUUCACUCUCUUGGACUUCCAUCUCUUCUUUCUGAUCCUAGUGCAAAGACACCUGAGGAGGCACUAGUUCAUAUAUUUGGGGAAGCAAGGAGAACCACACCAUCAAUACUUUAUUUACCUCAAUUCAGCCUUUGGUGGGAAAAUGCACAUGAGCAGCUUAAGGCUGUUCUGAUGACUCUGUUGGAAGAACUUCCGUCUGACUUCCCCAUAUUAUUACUGGGGACAUCCUCAGUUCCACUUUCUGAAAUAGAAGCUGGGGAGCCUUCUUCGAUAUUUCUUCUUCGUAAUGUCUAUCAAUUAGACAAGCCAUCAGCUGAAGAUAGGUCUAUGUUUUUUGAUCGUCUGAUUGAAGUUGCUUUGUCGAUACAAUCAGAGGAGAUGAGAAGAAAGUUGGAGAAAUUGGAUACGCCUGUUGAACUCCCAAAAGCUCCAAAAGUGGAUAUUCGGCCGAAGGCUUCCGAGUUGAAAGCCAAGGCAGAGGCUGAGCAGCACGCCUUGCGUCGACUGCGAAUGUGCCUUCGUGACAUUUGCAACCGGAUUCUGUACGACAAAAGGUUUAGUGCCUUCCAUUAUCCAGUCUCCGAGGAGGAUGCACCAAACUAUCGGUCAAUCAUCCAGAACCCUAUGGACAUUGCAACUCUGUUGCAGCGUGUUGACAGUGGAAAGUAUGUUACAUGCCAAGCAUUCUUGGAAGAUUUUGAUCUCAUUUUGGUUAAUGCAAAGAUAUAUAAUGGAGAUGACUACAAUGGAUCUAGGAUCGUGAGUAGAGCUCACGAACUUCGAGAUGCAGUGCAUGGAAUGCUGUCACAGAUGGACCCUGCACUGGUGGCAUUCUGUGAAAAGAUAGCUGCUGAAGGGGGUCCCAUGCCCGUGCCUGAUGAAUUGGCAGGAUCUUCAUUUCCAACAACUACAGUUGUUCAGCUGGCAUCAGUUACUAGAGCGAGUGCCCGACUUCGAAAUGUCCAACCUGAUGUUAAUUUAGACCAAAGCUAUGAAGCACUAAAACGACCAAAGAAGAAUGUCGAUGCCGCACACGCAGGAACAGCAGUUGAAGAAGGACCAUCAGAACCACCAAACUCAUCUCAAGAACCAGAAGUAGAUGAUACAGUUCCACAUAGGUCAGGAAUAUCUUUUACAGAUGACCUGCAGCUUGAAACUUGUGAAAAGGACACGAGUGAAGAUGUUGUGAUGUCUGAUAGUGAGAUUUCUGAGAAAAUUGUUUCGGUCAAAAGUAUUUUGAUGGAGCACACUGAUGGCUAUGGCGUUCCACAGCUUGAAAGGCUUUACACUCGGGUAAUGAAGGGCGUUUUUGAAACCAAAGCCAGUGAACCGGGGUAUGAUCUUAGACCUGCAAUUUUUACCUAUUUAUUGAAGUUUGCAGAUUACGUGACAAAUUUUUGACGUAAUAUUUUUUUUAACUGUGAUAACUGUUUUUGCUUCUUAAUAAAAUUUUAAGUAGUUUCUUGUUCCUGUUCAAUUCAUGUACAGAAUCAGAUUUUCUUCCUCAUCUCUAGAGAAUAAGAUUCUUGACUA